AUGCGCCGUCCAUGUCUUCUUCUGCUUGUCCUACUACUAAUAUUUAUUCUAGUGAAUUCAUUAUCCGCGUUUUCCUGUCCAGAACCGAUCGGGCCAAGACCGAAAUAUUGUCGUAAAGAGUGUAACACAGAUGAUGAUUGUAAGAGACAUAAACGUUGUAUGUGCGAUGGAGAAUGUGGUUUGAGUUGUGUGAAUCCUGCAUCAACUUGUCAUUCAUUGUCAGAAAUCGCCAACGGAUACAUUCGUACAGCCGGUGAAUUGAGAUUUGGUUCAAAUGCAGAGUAUGCUUGCAACAAAGGAUAUGUGCUGAUUGGUUCAUCUCAGAGACGAUGUCAAGGAAAUCGCGAAUGGAGUGGUUCGCAACCAAGCUGUCGACUCCAAAUAAGAUGCGGUCCACCACCGGAGAUCCCGUACGCAGUACACGAUGGUUCGUCAUUUUCUGGUGAAUACGACCUGGAAGCCGAAGUAGCCUACUCGUGCGUUCCAGGAUAUCACAAGUUUUCAGCUAAGGGACUAGCAUUGGCGAAAUGUUUGCUAAACCGAAAGAAUGUCGCGCAAUGGUUUGGACCAGAUCUUAAGUGCAAAGAUCCAGGGAAGCUUGAAAAUGGUAUACGAGAUGGCGAUGUAUUUGAAUAUCCGCAUACGGUAGUGUUCCACUGCCAGCCGGGUUUCCUCCUUCUUGGCCCUUCAUCUCGAAAAUGUGAGAGUAAUGGAGAAUGGUCUGAUGAGCCUCCUAUUUGCCAAGCCACCGAAUGCCCACGACCACCAGAUCCGCUGCAUGGAAGAGUUUUGGGCACAUCGCUCACUUAUCAGUCCACUGUGACUUAUUCCUGCAAAGAGGGAUAUCGACUUGUCGGACAGGUUCAACGAAUUUGUCUCGCUGAGGGAAUGUGGGCAGGAACUGAACCGAAAUGUGAAGAUAUAUGUCUUGAAACGAUGACUCACGAAGGAGCCACCAUGGCAAAAUGCAUGGAAUCAGGACUAUGGAGCCAUCCAAUGCCGAGAUGUUUAGGUGCAACAGUUGAACUAUUAUGUGACGACCGACACGAAGCAAACAUGCGCACAUUAAUGCAAUGUCAUAAUGGAACAUGGAGCCAUAUACCAAUUUGUUCACCUUUGAAUUGCCAUGAGUGGCCGCCACGUGUUGCACAUGCUAGGGUGCUGUUUUCAAAAUCAUCACAUGGAGCGAUCGCCAAAUAUGAAUGCAACGGCGGGUAUUAUCCUAAUAAGGAGCAACAAACAAUAAAAUGUCUUUAUGGGCGGUGGACAAGAGAGGGGGGACCAUUGAAGUGUUUACCAACUUGGUGUCAUCAUCCGUCUCGCACAUACGGUACCCUUGUCGGUGGGCAGAUUCUACUUGAAGGUCAGAUGGGAGCCUACGAAUUUGCAAAAUAUAUACAAAAAGUUGAAGAAGGUCGAUCGAUAGUUUUCCAGUGCAGCAAAGGGAACUACCUUAUAGGGCCUCCAAAAGCCUCUUGCGUUAAUGGCACCUGGAUGCCAAAGGUUCGACCUAAAUGCGUGUCACAAACACAUCCAAUGAUCGAGGGACGAAUCAUGUGGGAUAGAAGAAAACGUGAGAUAGAAGGCGUUGAUAUGGACAUGAGCUGCCCACCAAUCCAAAGUAAUUCCGAGAAAAUAGUUGUUGUGAACAAGGAUAUGGAUAUAACGAUCAUUUGUAGAGAGGGCUUCGAGUUCCCGUCUGAGUUUAUGGACGGCCGCUCUGUUUGUGUUAAUGGGACAUGGGCCCCGACACCACCCGAAUGUGUUCCAAAGUCAUGCCGUAUACCCGCUCGACUGCAUGUAUUUUUUCUCAAAAAACGAACUUCACAAAUUCUUCAGUCUGGAGACGUUAUUGAAGAUGGAACAUCGGCAACGAUGGUCUGUCUGCGUGGAUUUCAUUUACAAGGCAAUGGUGUUCUUGAAUGUCAUCGUGGAAUUGUUACCAGCUCCCUUGGUCACUGUUUUCCACAUGAAUGCUUAUUGCCGACGCUUACUGUGGGCACAAUUUAUCCACAAUCACGCACAUUAGCUGAUGGUCAACAAGGUUUACUUGUUUGCUCUUCGAAGAACGUGACGCUCACCUGCAGUCGAGGUGUAAUCACACCUAAACCUACCUGCAUUGGGAACGCCACAACAUUUUGUGUUGCCCCACGAGACACGACACCAGCUCUCAUUUACAGCGUUCAGAAUGGACAGAAAAUUGAACUUGAUCGAUACCAAAGUGCAUACCCCAAUGGCACAUUUUUUCAGUACAAGUGCGUCGAACAUCGCGAAGAGGCAAGUGGUAUUGAAUGUGUCAACGGAGAAUGGAUCAGUAACCUACUUCCUUGUUUGUCCAGCAACGUCACAUUGCAAACAUGGAAAAGCUCUACUGUGGACAACAUGUGCUCCUUACCAGAUCUGGACAAAACGAUGCGUAUUCUGAAUAUUGAAAAUUACGUCCCACAAGAGCACCACAAAUUUGCACAUGGCACAGUUCUGCAUGUGGGAUGUGUAAUCGGUGGCAGUAGUGAUGAUCAUAUGGAACUGAAAUGUCGACGUGGGAAAUGGAGUAAGAGAAGCAAAAUCAGCUGUGACAUUCAUGGACGACCUUGCGAAUUUAAGGUGCAGUUGAAUUCGCGAACACUCGUUUAUCACGUUGAAAAGAAAGAAGUUGUGCUGUUCAACCAAUUUUUCUCCGAAGGUUCACAUCUGAACAUUCGUUGUGUUAAUAUCGGCACUGACCGUCUCAAGGGUAACGCCGAAUUAGUUUGUCAUGAUGGGGCGUGGUCACAUCCCACACCGUACUGUAUUCCACUUGACCCGUUGAAUAAAAAUAAAGAUUCACCUCCUAUAUUGAUUGACGUGAUGAAUGGCCCACACGCUUAUUCGCCUAUUGGUGAGUUGAUCGUGGCCCGCAGCGCUACUGUAAUCUUUUCGUGUUUAACUCCGAAAAAGGCGUCGAAGUCUAAGUGGGAGUUUUCAUCAACGUAUCGGACAUACCCUCAAGCUUGGACAAAAAUGCAAGCUCUUGGUGUUGAAGGAGUUGACGCGAAUCAGCUUACUGUGGCGAUUGCCCAGCCGGAAGAUAGCGGCUUAUUGCACUGUAUCCUUCCUAGCGGUAAACGAAAUACGAUCCGAAUGAAGGUAGAAGACCGAUUCUGCCCUCCUCAGCGCAACUCUUCCCAUUUGUCAGUAUACCUCACGCGACGGAACCUAUUUAUUGGUACAGUGGCUCAGUUCUCAUGUCCCGUUGGGUACAAACCUCAGGGUCCUACCACGGCAACAUGCGAAGACGAUGGAACUUGGAGUCAUUCACCCCCGAAAUGUCAUGCAAUACAAUGCCCUCCACUCGCUGUGGACAGCCGAUCAAUGCUUGUUACUGUGUCCUCAUACAAGUUCGGUGGGAUUGCACAGUUUCAGUGUGCAAAAGGAUUUACUUUAAUAGGAGUAGAGCAUAUUCAUUGCCGAAGUGAUAGUACUUGGAGUGACAAGAUUCCUGUUUGCACAGUUGUGAAAUGCGAUAAACUGGAACCUCCCAAGAACGCAGUUGUUCUUUCGCCACCAAAAACUCACUAUCAUCGAGGUGAUGUGCUGCUCUUUGGAUGUUUGCCGAAUCAUAUCCUUACCGGAGGUGAUUUUGUUGUAUGUCAAUCAAACGGACAGUGGACAGAAAUCAUCACGAAAUGUGACGCCUUUUGCCGUCAUCCAGGUGUUCCUGUGCACGGUGCAUCAACGUCUCCACCUAAAGACUAUUAUCUUGUCGGCGAGAAGAUUGUCUUCUAUUGUCCAUCACAUGAGUACAAGUUGAAUUCGGAAAAUGUACUCACAUGUAUAGGAGCUGGGAAAUGGUCUCGAAAGAUACCGUUAUGUCUGCUGGAUCAGAGGAAUUAA